AUGCUGGUGAAGGUCUUCGCUGGCGGCAACGGGCGGCUGGGCAACAACAUCGGCCAGCUGCUUCAUGGCCUCGCCUUCGCGGUCCGCAGUCACGCCGACAAGGUGCAGCUCGUGGCAUCCGGUGGGCAGCUGCCGCAGAUCUUUCAGUUCAAGAACCUGACCGUAGACCUGCCGGACGCCGGCAGCGAGCGCGGCAAGAUACCCAAGGAGUGCACUGACACGGCCAAUGGUGCCAGAAUGAAGAAGGAGCCGAAUACUUACGCCAGCGGGUUUUGGACCACCCGGUGCUUGGGGGUGCCUGCGAAGGAGUAUCACAACUUGGCUUUGCAGUAUAUUUGGCCACUUCUCAAGCAAGAGGUGCAGAGCUGCUUGCAGCAAGAUGAGCCUAGCAAGCGCCUGGUGGUACAUUUGCGGGGGCAGGAUUUAUGGAACAUGAACGAGUUUGAGCAGACGCCCAAGGGGCCGAUCAAGAUGGAGGCCGGUGCGCACCAUUGGCUUUGGGCCAACCCUCCGUGUACCAUGUACGAGAAGAUCAUCCGGGAGGAAAACUUCCAGGAGGUCCUGGUGGUCACCUCACCCGACAUGCGCCACGCCUGCGUGGCCUGGUUCCAGAAUUUGAACGCCUCUCUGGACGUCAAAGUUACGGUCCAGGCCAAGUCCCUGGCAGAGGAUUUCUGUACCCUGGCGCAGGCCAAGCACCUGGUCCUCUCCUUCUCCACGCUGUCCAACGCGGCGGCGGCGUUGAGCAAACGCCUGGAGAAGGUCUAUGUGCGGCAGUUCGCCCACAACUCCCUGCUGAACUGCCAGGUGUGGCCCGGGGUUUCAGUGGUGCAGUACGCCAUGCCGAUUACGGAGCAGCACCAUGAACCCUACAACAACACCUACGCGGGCGUGAUCGAAUGGUUCACCACCUACAACAUGAGCAGCAUCACACGUGGAAUCGUUUUUAAAGCAUGCCAACGCCCCAUCCAUUUCUUUCACGCCGCGAUGCUGCCGGCCUCGUGGCCCGCCGGCGUUCCGCCGGCGCGUUUCGGGGCCGCGGCCUUUGCCGCCGCCCCGAGAACCGACGGCCUUCGCCGAAGCGGGAUGUGCGGCCUGGCGGUGCUGGCCCCGCUGGCUGCGACAAGUUCCCUGAUCCGUCGCCGUGCUGUGCGGACAGAUGAGCACAGCAAGGCCGUGUCAGCCUGGUUGGACCGCUUCGUCUUGCAGGGCAACUACUGCCCCUGGGCCAAGCCUGCUCAGAAGCGGCGAGGCAUACGCAUCGUGUCCUCCACGGAGACGGAGCCGGAGGAGGUCUUCGAGGAUCUCCUGGAUGAGGCAGAGGGCUUGCCCAUGGGCCCUGCUGAUGAGGGUGAGCCCAGCACCACCCUGCUGGUGUGCCCCUAUGUGGAAGAGUGGAAGAGCUAUGGGCCCUUUCGAGACUUCUAUGAGGAAGACUUGCUGGGGGGCAGUGUCCUUUUGGACGACUUCGACAUGAAGGUCAUAGCAUUCCACCCGGAAUACCUCAAGUAUGGUUUCUCCGUGGAAGCUGGCGACCGGAUCGCGAUUGCCAACAUGGAUGGCUCAGCCAGUCACGCAACAGUUCUGGAUGAGGAAGGAGGCCUCCACCCGGAGGAUGGGGAGGAGCUGCUGGACGUACGCCUCGACGAGGGCGAGGAGUGCUUGGUGCGCUACAGCAGCAUCAUCACCAAGCUCGCCACCAAGCAGGGGGCGGAGGUGCCCAGCGACGACCGCAGCGGCGAGGCGGCGAACUUGCUGUCGCGGGCACCGCGGCCGGUGCUCCACCUGCUGCGGAUGGAGGAUUUGGAUGCCGCUGGCUUGGCGUCCCGGGCAGCUACUGGGCCCAACAUUCAAGGCGUUCUGGAGGAGAACGCGGUGAGGGCCGGCAAGCUGGGACUGCAGGGCAUGGCAGCGCUGUUGCGACAAUGCGGCUGACCUUUGGGCGUUUGCGAGGCCAAUGGCAGUGAGAGGUGGUGCUGUGGUCAUCUUCGAAAGAGAGAGGGACGUUGUACCCUGGAGAUGGGUCGCCAAAGAUGGUGCGACCGAAGGAAGGGGAAAUUGGAAAAAGUAUGGAGAGGGAAAGGAGCGGCGAACAUGGCGAUGGGCCCAUCGACGGCCAUGCCCGACGCAUCAAACACCACGUUGAGAUGGCCAAUUUUAGCUCAUUUGAUGGGUUGAUGCCUCGUCUGAAUCAGCGAGAUGGUGACCCCUCAAGCAGCGAGAGGUGCUCGGGCCGCAUUUGCCCCGGGCGCUGCGAUUUGGCAUUUACGUUUUAGAGAGUGAG